AUGUCUUCUCAAUUCUUGCAAACCGAGAUUGCCAAUCUGAUUCAAGAAUCUAGAAGGAAAAAUCCCGAUCUGCGCAAUGCCGCGGAGCAGUCGCUCAACGAGCUUAAAGCUCUGCCUUCUACCUCAGAGGCGCAAAUAGCAGCAGACCUUGUUCGCAAACCCAAAUUCGUGGACCCAUUCAUCAUUGCAUGUCAUACUCGGCAUGCAAAGCUUGCUGGUAUUGCUGUAAUCUGUUUGCAAAGACUGAUUGCAUCGCGAUCUUUGCCUUCAACUCGCCUUAAAGACGUUGUAGGAGGAUUGAAAGAAACAACAGGUCUAAGCCUUGAUAUCCAGUUGAAAAUCUUGCAGUCGUUGCCUUCGCUGCUGCAGUUUUACUCAAAUGAUCUGAGCCGGGGGCUUCUCGCUGACACAUUGGAAAUAUGUGCUACGUUACAAGCAAGCAAAACAAUCGCUGUCUCCAGCACUGCAGCUGCGACUCUCCAGCAGCUGGUAGUGUCGACUUUCGAGAGAGUAUUCAGCGAGGACCAGCUGCCGAAAGAUGCUAAGAUCACAACAUCCAUCAAAGUUGAUGGUCAGCGGGUUGAUGUCGGGUGUUUCGCCUACGAUGCAUUACUGGUAUUAGACGACCUCUGUCGUUUGAUCGAUAGCGAGACGCUGCAAUUUUUGCGCUCACGGACUCUGUCCCCGACUUUCGUCUUGGAGCUGAUUGAGAGUAUUCUCCUGAACAGCGGACGUCUCUUCGUAGGACACCCCGAGCUUUCGCAAGUGUUGCGUGUUCGCCUGUUACCACUGGCGGUCCGCUGUCUUUCUGAACGGUCGUCGUUCGCCCAAAGCGUGCGCAUUUCUCGAAUCCUUCUCAUACUAUUAAAACGCCAUAUGUCUCUUCUGACAGCAGAAUGCGAGAUGGCACUGAGCCUCAUAACACACCUAGCCGAACCGGAUUCCACGGCGCCAUGGAAGAGACUAUUGUGUAUGGAGAUAUUCAGAGGGUUAUACUCCGAACCAGGUGCGGUGCGGCUGAUUUACACCCUGUACGAUGGCGAGGAUGGGCGAAAGAACAUCCUUCGUGACCAUAUGGCUGCGCUGGUCAGACUGGCAUCUGAAAAGCCUGCCUUGAUAGGGGUGAGCAAUCAGUCAACGGUACCUUCGCGCGCAGACCCUACAAGAUCUGCCACAGAGGAUCAAAUUACCCUUGAAACCGGUGGAGUCGCUGGUGUUAUUGGGUCGACGGUUCCCCCUAGUGAAAUCAAAGUUCCUGGGAUUAGCACACAGUGGAGUAUAGUUCGUACGCCAUACAUCGAGCUCCUCGACAAGACGGACCCGCCUACUGCGCCUGAGACAUACAUUUACAGUCUGGUUCUCAACUGUAUCAGCAGUUUUGCUGAAGGACUUGCAAAAUUCAUUCUCCCAUUGACGGUUCCGGAUCGAAAACAACUGCGCAAGAAUCGACUCCUUAGUCCUGUUCAAGGGCCUGAUUCUGCGAGAUCUUCUCAAGAUUUCUCAGCAGAACCCAUUCGACCACAAGCCAACUCACCGGCGAGGAAAGCGCAAGUUCCCAUCAAUCCUUUGGAUCUCCAGUCUCAUGUUCAAUAUUCCGCGAUCAAGACUUGCGCGGGGAUAAUAGAGAACUGUUGGCCUGCUGUCCUCGCGACAUGCUCCACUUUCCUCCGCGCAUCCUUGGAUGACGAGUAUUACCACAAUCUCGUUAGAGCAUUCCAGAAACUGGCUCAUGUGGCGGGUCUUCUGAGGUUAUCCGUGCCCCGGGAUGCUUUCUUGACCACUCUUGGAAAGGCUGCUACGCCUGCUAAUGCAGUUAGCUCCAGGACUCAGAAUGCAUCUACUACUGGGCCACAGCCUAGUGACACGCCUCAAAAGAAACGGAAGAGUGCGGACUAUUCACUGUCUAGCCCUUCCUUAGCAGAGUCUACCGGAGCAGCCGCGGGCGAAGGACAUCCUGUGUCUUUGAGUACUAGGAAUUUGCUUUGCAUGCGGGCCUUGUUGAAUUUAGGGAUUGCCUUGGGGCCAACAUUGGACCAGCCGGCCUGGUCUAUUAUCUUCGAGACACUCCAGUACACCGGGCUCGUGAUUGGCAUGUCUUCUAGUGCAAUGGUCAAGUCAGCUAGCGGGACUGGCGAGGCGCCACUGACUCCAGGGAACGAUGUUCCCACUGCCAACCUCGGAACCGAAGUGAUCGCGGUGCAGGCAGCUUCCAGUAAGAUGCUUGAAACUACCAGCGAUCUACCGGGCGAAUCCUUCGAGGAGAUCUUGCUUGCUUUAUUGAACCUAUCAGCGUUCACGGAGCAGCGUCCGCAAGAAGAGAAAGCCAAGGAAGUUUCGGAAAUGCCUCGCUCGCCACAAUCCUCUCGAGGCAGCGGACGUAUGCAUCAAAAUGCCCGACGAGUGUCACAUACUGUGGGAAAAUCUAGAAUGCAAGACGAGGAGCUUAAGUUUGUUCUCGACAAGGCCAAUGAGCUGGCCAAUGCCAACCUCGACAGAUUUUCAUCUUUGGAAUCGAAUGAUCUUAAAGCAUGGGAAUUAUUAACGCAGAGUCUCAUCUCAGCUUCUGCCAAUACUGCCAUCAGCCCGAAUCUUCGCCUGCAAGCAAGCGCAAUCCUCAGCUCACUCGUUCUCUCCACAAUGAAACGAAGGGAUGAGGAUGAUGAGAAAGUGUACAAUGAUGUACAAACAAGGAACUUGCAGACACUGAAAGACCAAGUUACCUCGCUCUAUUCAUCGGACAUGCAUACUUCAAAGUCUUUACCAAUAACCGUGAUUGAGAUUCAUGAACAGGGUCUAGAGGUGCUUCGGAACGUUUUGGAGCAAUACGCAGAAACCUUUGUGGAUGGAUGGCAUCUCAUCUUUGACCUGAUAUCUGGGGUUUUCCAACCUACCAUGCGGACUGAAACUGCUGGCCGGCCAACGGAUACGUUGCAGCGUCGACCAUCGGCACUCCCAGCAGGUCCGCGCCUGGUUCGGGCUGCCUACAAAUCGUUACAUCUUGUUGCCUCUGACUUCCUUUCUUUGCUUCCGGCACCUUGUCUCAUGAGUUUGGUGAACGCCUUCUCUAGCUUUGCAUCUCAAACUCAGGAUUUCAACAUUUCUCUCACCACCACAUCAUUUUUCUGGAACGUGUCCGAUUUCCUUCAGGGUCAGAUUGAGCAGAUCUCCGUCGACCAUAUCGAUCCAUCUGUCAGCGAGCAAGAGCUGGCCAGUCUUGCUCGCAACGAUGAUCCAUCUGUUUCGCGAAACUCUUUGUGGCUAUUGCUGCUGCUCCGUAUCAAUGAUAUCACGUCGGACAGCCGACCGGAAAUUAGAAAUGGUGCGGUGCAUACCCUUCUCCGCAUUUUUGAUGCCUACGGGCAGCAGCUUUCCCCUAUGGCAUGGCGUCUUUGUUUGAAUAUGGUCGUUUUCAGGAUGGCGGAAGGCAUUGUUGCUACACUUCUCGAGGUGAAGAGCAAGCAGAGCCAGGCGAAAUCCGAUGAACUGAAGUCUUGGGUGGACACAGCAGUUGUCAUGAUCAGAGGCUCAUCGAGCUUGAUCACUAAUUUCUUCGAGACUCUGGCUCGCGACGAGAAGUUCGAUCAGUCCUGGAAACGACUUCUGAAAUACUGGCAAAGCUUGAAUGAUCUACAGAUCCUGGAAUUCAACGAAGCAACAUUCUCCAGUCUAUCUGCGAUUCUCCUUCGAGUACAGAGCGCCGGUCAAAUGAGCAACGAAGCUCUUGAGUGCGCAUGGCUUGCUUGGGCACACUCACACCCUGCUGCUGAAGAGGUACUUGAUCUCGACCAGUCCAACCAGGACGCCGCUCUGGCCUAUCUACAGGCAUUCCAGCAAGUUUAUCGCCUCUACAAAGGCCAAUUGACCCCGGCACAUAUCGAAAAGGUUCUCCACCACCUUCGUCUGUUGGUGUGGAACUCGGUCUCCCCGCGCUACUCUCCGGAUAUCGAUCGACCCUCGGCUGUUCAAGCGCUAGUCACCGACUGCAUGAAGACCCUCUGCCUCGAGAAAGAGGAGUCACAGCCGGCGAUUCUUUUGUGUCUCGCUGAGCUCUCGGAUUCUGCGCUGUCAAGGUGGAGUGCUGGUAGCGAUACCAGGAAGCCCGCGUUUGUAGCAUUUUCCAAAAGCACCAUUGACCUUGUGAACUGGUACAUCGCUGAGUUUGGGAUCAAACAAGAUGUCUUUACCAAUGGAACUUUGGCAGCAACCCUCAAGCACCUCAGCACUCCAAUUGCACAGAAGUACACAUGGAAAGGAAAAGAUCGGGAGCCCUUCAUCUGGCAGAAGGCCACAACGGUGUCCCUGAACAUUCUCCGAGUCGCGGUACCUUAUGCCGAAAGCCAAUACAACAAAGCAGCCGAGUCUGAAAUAUCCCAAUUCUGGCAACGCAUCGUGGAAAUCACAAAUGGGAUCGUCUCUGCUCAAGGUUUCCAAACCCAGCAACUCCCCAAGAAACGAAUUGCGUCCGAUCAAGACUUCGAUACCCAGGCCUUCAUACAACUGAAGACAAUCAUCCUCCCAUCCCUUGGAAACUCUGCCAUCCCCGACACUGUCCGCCAUGACUUCGCCCGCGCUCUCUUUAAUUCAUCCUUCAUAUAUGCCCCCCUCCGCUUCGACCUUCCCAAAUCUACCAUCGAAGACCCCCUGCAGGACUUCUACACAGUCCGUUCAGGCCGUACCUUCGACCCACCCCCAAAUCUCCGCCCGGGCAUCACCUAUGUUCUCAUUGACACUCUCUUCGAGCUUGCGGCAGCCAAAACAGAGAAUCCAACCGAGACCCAGUCCCCCUUUGUCUUGCUCGCCCGCUCCAUCUCACCUUAUCUUCUCCUGCGCUGCGCCAUCUCGCUCAAAUCCUAUAUCGCAGAUCAGCCCCUACGCGGCUUGAUGCCGCAGCCUACGCCCGCUCGAAAGGAUAUACUUCACCUUCUCAAUCAUUUGGUUGAGUUGAAGAGUGAGCCUUCUGCUAUUCCGGACCCGACUGCUAUCAAGACGGUUUCGGCUCUCGGGUCUGAUGAUGUCCGACAUUAUCGCAAGCAUCUGGAGUGGGUUUACCCUCUCGUCACUCGUGCUGUGCAGGUUGCUGGCAAGGAGCGAGAUGAUGGAAAGGUCAUCCAGGCACUUGGAAAGGUUUUGCAGGAGAUCGGUCGGUUUGAAGCUUAG